CGCGCGCGCCGGCGGGGCCGCGCGGGGAGAAAGACACUGGAAGGCGGCAGGGUGGGGAGCGGCGCGCGCGGGCCGCAGCCGAGCAGGAGGCUGCAAGAAGAGCCCGCCGGGGCCUGAGGGGUGCCGUUCCUCCGCCCCCCGCAAAACAAUGUGUGGCGCGCUGCGGGGCACAACUUGCCGGAGGCGGCGGGGGCGCGCUGAGCCCGCCUGAGACCGCGCCGCUGACCUUCUCCCCCCCGCCGUCCGUUGGGCCGGAGCGCCCAGCUCUUCGCUCCCUAGCUCGCGGGGGCCGGGCUGAGCUGCGGGGCGGGGCCGCCCCUCCGUCGCUGCUGCCUCCUGCCCCACCCCCAGCCGCGGAGGAUGCGGACGGCCCCCGGCGGCGUCUAGCGGCCCCGGGCCCAGGCGCGAUGGUGCAGCAGCGGGGCGCGAGGGCCAAGCGGGACGGCGGGCCACCGCCCCCGGGGCCCGGGCCGGCCGAGGAGGGGGCGCGUGAGCCCGGCUGGUGCAAGACCCCGAGCGGCCACAUUAAGAGACCGAUGAACGCGUUCAUGGUGUGGUCGCAGCACGAACGGCGGAAGAUCAUGGACCAGUGGCCCGACAUGCACAACGCCGAGAUCUCCAAGCGCCUGGGCCGCCGCUGGCAGCUGCUGCAGGACUCGGAGAAGAUCCCGUUCGUGCGGGAGGCGGAGCGGCUGCGCCUCAAGCACAUGGCGGACUACCCGGACUACAAGUACCGGCCGCGCAAAAAGAGCAAGGGGGCGCCCGCCAAGGCGCGGCCCCGCCCCCCCGGCGGCGGCGGCGGCGGUAGCAGGCUCAAGCCCGGGCCGCAACUGCCUGGCCGCGGGGGCCGCCGAGCGGCGGGAGGGCCUUUAGGGGGCGGCGCGGCGGCGCCCGAGGACGACGACGACGAAGACGACGAGGAGCUGCUGGAAGUGCGCCUGGUGGAGACCCCCGGACGCGAGCUGUGGAGGAUGGUCCCGGCGGGGCGGGCCGCCAGAGGACCAGCCGAGCGUGCCCAAGGGCCGUCGGGCGAGGGGGCGGCUGUCACCGCCGCCUCCCCAACUCCGUCGGAGGACGAGGAGCCGGAGGAAGAGGAGGAGGAGGCGGCGGCGGCCGAGGAAGGCGAGGAGGAGAAGGUGGCGUCGGGGGAGGAGCCGUUGGGCUUUCUGUCCAGGGGGCCCCCCGGCCCCGCGGGCCUGGACUGCAGCGCCCUGGACCGCGAUCCGGACCUGCCGCCCCCCUCGGGCACGUCGCACUUCGAGUUCCCGGACUACUGCACCCCCGAGGUUACCGAGAUGAUCGCAGGGGACUGGCGCCCGUCUAGCAUCGCCGACCUGGUUUUCACCUACUGAGCCCAUCGUCAGCGGGGCGCGCACGCCCCCAAACCAGCUGUUUACAUACAGGAAUCAGGUAUUGGGGCCCCUCGGAGGCCGAGGCUGGCACCCCAUCUCCCGCACAGCCUCCCCCCUCCUAGACGUGCCCAUCCCCCUUCAAAUCCAGACAAGCCCUUCCCCCGCAGACACACCCCAAGACAGCCCAACCCCCACCCUUUCUCCGACAUCCGAGCCUUUCCCCAUCUUGCCCCCUCCCGCGAGCCACCAGCAGCCAGCCCCCCCCUCCGAUACACCUCCCAUCCUCUCCGAGAGACCUGUACCCCUCCCCCAUUUUGCACACGCCCCUCCUCUUGGCCGGAGGACACGCCCCUGCCCUUGGCUCUAGACUCCCUCCGCCUGCUCCCAGCCCGCCUUCUGUCUCGUGUAGGGGGGCGCUGCAGCUGGGCGGCCCUGCGCCCUCCUCCCUUGCCCUUCCCUCCCGGGGAGGGGGAGGGGCAUGCUCCUUUUCCCCCGGGAGCACUGGGACCCCGCCCCCUUCUUGCGCAUGCUUAAUGCUUCUUGGGAGGAGGGGGCUGGUCCCUGCUGAACCACUAGCCUCGGUCAGCCGCUCUGGGAAGAAGGGGGGCGGAUAUAGAGCGAUCCUGAGAAAUCGUUUGAUCCAGGAGCCACGGCUUCCGUUCAACCCGACGGGGCGUCACUGCCUUAAAUGGGAGGAGCAGUCGGAAGGGGGAGAAAGACUAGCCAGCCCGGAAGGGUUGGUGUGGAGCUUGGAACUCCCAAGUGGCAUAGCCCCUUUCCCCUUACGGGGUCGCCCAGCCCAUAUGCACCCCCACAACCCCCCACCCCCCACACCGACUGCUUGACUGCCUCGACAGCCUGUCUUGGUUCCAAGAAGCCAACCUUUCUUUCCCCCACCUGGGAAUUGGGGGGCAGGGUUUUUCUCUGGAAAUCCUUCAGGAGAGAAAAAGAAAACUCAGAAUCAAGACAUGUAGUCGUUUGUGUGGGGACAGGGUCCUUUUGUCCGCCCCACCCCCUCCCCAAGUGCCCUUAUCACCUCAGGGCACACUCCCAGCCUGGACUCCCUCCUAAGCCCACCGCCCCUUCCUGUCAUCCAGAUCCCUUUGCCUACAGUGACAGUAUUCAGUGGGAGAAACAAACACGUCGGUACUCAACUAGGGGGUUGAGACUGAGGCAUGAUAGCAGAUGAAGAAGCAAGAAAAGACCCCCCUUCUCAGCAGCUGGCUUAAGAGACCAUCACCUGGGCCAGUGAGACUGAAGGGAGGUUCAGAGUAGUGGUGUGCUGUUGGCGCCCAGCUGCUACUCUGUCCAGUUUGGGGUGCCUUGGGAAACCCUGCCCCUGAUGCUGUUAACUUCUCCCUCCAACUCCCCGCUCAAGCUCCGCCCCUCCGGCCUCCCCAUGCCCCCUUUACCCUCACUACCUGUAUCUCACCGGCGUGUGUUCACCCUCCCGGGUGUGCACACACUCUCAUUCACACACACAAAUCUCAGGAACAAACGGUCCCAGAGUCCUCCGGGACCCCUGCCCAGGGUCUCUGCAGGGCUCUGCCCCACGCGUUCCCGUCGCUGACAAAGCCACCAGCUGCCUCCUUUAAGCUUGGUGCUCCGGCUCUGGGCCUUUUUGCGCGCGCUCUUUCUCUCUUUCUCUCUCUCUCUCUCUUUUUUUUUUUUAAAGAAAAAUAACAACAAAAAAAGACAAUGAAAAAUCCCAGAAAACGUCAUGUGAGUGAAGAGAUGUCACUGUCUGUGGUCUUGGAGAACUAGUCUCGUAGCUGAGGGGAGGGGUCCCUCUGAUCUGGGGCACUGGCACCCACAGCAGGACUUACGCCAGGACUGAAUAAAGUGUAUUUGCCCCAUCUCGCCCUGUGGUUCUACAUGUCUUUGCCUUUCCUCAACCCUCCCCAAACAGUCUGACAGAUUCAAGUCCCUGUGACUUAGCACCAUGCAGGAAGAGCUCGAGGUUCCAGGCAAGGAGGCACCUGGCCCCUCUAGGUCUCUCUGCUCCCCCUGUCUCAGGACUCCUGGUCUUCAUUAAGGAUGGCAGGCUUGUCCCUACAGAGGCCAGGCAGGUGACAUGAAUGAAUGAGAGUCUGGGUGGACACUGGCUUCAUGACCCACUUCAAGGGGAGCAAUGGCUCACCUCCUGCCAGUUGUGACCCUGUGGGAGUGCAGCCCACUGUGCCCAGGGGGCUAAAUUUUUCAAGAGAAGAUGUAAAUCUGGAUGUUUCUGUGAACAUCUCAAUUUCAAAAUGAAAGUUGGUUCAGAUAUAUUUUUUAAAUCCUUAGGGACCAAGUGAAACACUUGUGUAGGCACACCUGGUUCCAAGGGCAUCAGUUUGACCCUGACCUUAAUAAAGAUUAAGAAUCAGGGUUGACCAUGGCUGACUCAUGUUGAUAUUUGUUAGAAACCAACACAAUACUGUAAAAGCAAUUAUCUUUCAAUUAAAAAUUUAAAAAAAGGAUCAGGGUUGAGCCACAAUGUCUGGGCCCAAAGCCUGAUAGCACUGCUGAGUACCUGUGUGCCCCUGAGCACAUUAACUACACCCUGACUCUUUUUUUCCAUUUAUGUGACAUGGGGAUGAUAAUAGCACCUGCUUCAGAGUAAAGUUUGAGGUGAGAGGCAUUUAACAUGGUGCUCCAUAAAUUGUAUUACUCCACUGUCCAGAGGAGGGAUAUUAGGGCAAAGGUGCAGAAGCAACUUGUAAAGGGCCUUCAAACAGCCUGGGUCAGAGACAGGGCCCUAAAUUUUGGUUUCUGUCUCCUAGUGAAGUGCUAUUUUAGGGUGCUGCCUCUCCCAGCUUGAAUCUGCAGAUAGUGUUAGGCUGGUAGCUCGGGGUCUGGAGCUGUGGGGCUGGUCCUCACGCCUAGCAUGUAACUGGCCCCUCGUGUAGAUGUACUGGAUGAUUGAGGAAGAGCAGCAGAAGCCGUGAUGAUUCCAGUCCUUGAGAUUCUUACCAGUGUGUUUUGGGAACUGAGACCAAGGCUUUUCAAAACUUUUGUCCCACUGACCCCUGUCCCCCUUAUUCUUCCUCUACCAGAUCCAGUGAAUUCCUUAGGUUGGACAAAGUGUGUUUUCCCAGUAAGAACCAAGGCCAAGUGUUCAGACCUCAUUUAGGGUAUUUGGGACUGGAAUACCAUAGAUGUUUUAAAAGAGGACUAGAGCAGGUUUGGGAGGUCUGGGCAUCUACAGAAGGGGUCUGGGAGUACAGGAAUUAUAGUGAAUGCUUCCUCAUAGUCUGUGAUUGAAAACAAGAUGGCCACAAACCAAAACAAAACCUUUAAGAAAGAAAAGGUGAGGAAGAGAACUGAUUCAACCCAGGGCAGCCUGCAUCUGGUGUCUGAAUGUAUGCAAGUAUAAAUCCCUGCCACUUAAGUUCCAGCCUUCAGGUGGGACAGACACAGUAUCUGCCCUGCCCUGCACCCCGGGGUACUCAUCCUAGGGCCCCUUCAGGGAGGCUUGGGCUUGUCCACGCUGGCAGCACAGUUUGACCUCCUGUACCCAAUCCUGCCUCCACCCUCUUCUUUUCACAGGUCUUUAUCCCUAAUAAAUAUCUUGCACCUGAAA